AUGACCCUCCGUCCGGAGAACUACACCGUUGUUUCUGGUCUCAACCACUUCAACAUCGAUACCUGGGAUGGUGAUUUAUCGGCUUUCCAGAACCGCGGUGGCAAGCUUCUCCACUGGCACGGUUUAGCCGAUGGCGUUCUGUCGAAGGCUCUUGAUGAAUUCUACCGAUUUUUCCGUAUCUCUGGCAUGUCCCACUGCGGCAGCGGUAAUGGGGCGACCUUUAUCAGCCACCAGUCAGCAAGCACUGCCAGUCUGGCGCUGGAGGAAAACGUGCUGAUGGCGAUGGUUCGAUGGGUUGAGAGCGAAGUGGCUCCAGAAACCAUCAUGGGGACCCGAUACAAGAAUGGCACCAGUGACAGUGGUGUUGAUUUCAAACAUAGACAUUGCAGGUGGCCAUACCACAACGUGUACCAAGGCGUUGGCGACUACAAAGAUCCUGAUACUUAG